CAAGUUAGCUGGUGAUCACAAAUAAAUUCCACGGGUCUGGUCUGCAAAAGCAGAGAUAUGGCCACACAGCAAAAGGAAGUGCAAGAGCUUCUGAUCCUCGCUCUCUUCUUCAUCGUCCUUCUUCAAGGAACAAAUGGUGAGCGAUGCGACACGUCCAGCAUCCAGGUUCAGACCAUCAACACCGGCACUACGGUGGCCGCCGCCGACACGGUGUUCGAGGUGGAGGUGAAGAACCUGUGCCCGUGCGCCGUCAGGAACGUGCGCCUCGACUGCAAGGGCUUCGCGACCACGGUGGAGGUCGAUCCAGCAGUGUUCCGCGCCGACGACGGAGGAGUACUCUACCUCGUGAACGGCGGCGAGCCGAUAGCGAGCAUGGCCACCGUCAGCUUCCAGUACGCCUGGGACCACUUCUUCGAUAUGACUCCCAGGAGCUUGGAGGUAGACGGCCAGUGCAAGUAAACCAAAGAUGCCUCGGUGGAGUCCAGGGUGGCCAGCAUACAGCAGGUUGUUAUCUUUGAUACAGUGUUCUAAUGGAUAAGUAUAGUGUGCCAGUGUGCGUUUGUGAGAGCAAGAGAGUUGCAAAAUUAUAGCGCAAUAAAGCUCUAGGCAAGAGCGAUCCUCCUCUAGAAAUGUACGUAUAGUUUUGUAUUUAUAUAAAACAAGGUGUGCUGCCUGAUAUAAUGAAGCAAAACAACGGCGAGUUUGGAACA